AGUAUCUUUCUUUUGGCUUAAAAUCUAAGUACAUACAGAUGCUGUAUUACCUUCUUCCUCUUUCCUCCUCCCUCCUUCCUUAGAAAACUUUGAACCCGGAGAAGUCAUUCUUAACUGUCAAAUUUUGGUAUUCACUCCUUUUUCAACGCUGUCGGUUAAUCUCCUUCAUAACUACUUGGUCAUUGUACUAGCCAUGGCAAAGCACCAUCCCGAUCUUAUCAUGUGCCGAAAGCAGCCAGGCAUUGCUAUUGGACGGCUAUGUGAGAAGUGUGAUGGAAAAUGUGUGAUCUGUGAUUCAUAUGUCCGGCCGUGCACACUCGUUCGAGUUUGUGAUGAAUGCAACUACGGGUCCUUUCAGGGUAGAUGCGUUAUCUGUGGAGGUGUUGGCAUUUCAGACGCGUAUUACUGCAAGGAGUGCACUCAACAGGAGAAAGAUAGAGAUGGGUGCCCAAAGAUCGUCAAUCUAGGAAGCGCUAAAACAGAUCUCUUCUAUGAACGGAAGAAAUACGGUUUCAAGAAACGAUGAUCUACGGCUGCAUGUUUUGCUUCUUUAACAUCUCGAUUUAUGAUAAAAUCUACUAUAACUUUGUAUGAUUUCCUUAUUCUAUUUCUUCUGAUUUAGAAAACUGAUGAACAGGAGUUUUCUCAAACACUAAGUAACAGAAAAUAAGGUAAGCUGUCAAUGUGCACAAAGAUCUUGUUGGAGCUUUAGCUGAAAACUUUCACCUAUUAAUGUUGUAUGGUUUCUCUUUAUUUUGUCUUAUGUUUGUGGUGAAUUUCGUUUACCAUUACUCAUUUCAAUUUAAUGGUGGUGUUUGGUAAAAGGGCUUAUAAAACAAUUUUAGCUUAUUUUUGUAGGAAAAUGUGAUUCUUAUUUCCCAUCCUCCAAUGUAAGGAAUAUAUAUACAAAUAUAUCAAACUCUAAAGCACCAAACGAUGAUCAGAAUACCCUCACACCACAUUCCUAAACCAUUGGACCAUACAAAACUCCUAUUACACCCCG